AAUGAUGCCUUCUACUCUAUCGUUCUGCCUGAUAUUGGCUGGGCUAUGCAGCCUGGUCCCCAGCCACCUAGCUGAGGAAAUCCAAACCAGUAAAGAUACUGCAGAUGAAUAUUCUUCCAGCAAGAGAAUUUCCCCCUAUAUGACUGAUUUUGGCAUAGAUUUUUAUAGACUGCUGGUUUCUAAGUCCAAUAACACCAACAUAUUCUUCUCUCCUAUGAGUAUCUACACUGCCUUUACCUUGCUGGCUCUUGGGGCCAAAUCAGAGACUCAUGAUCAGAUCCUGAAGGGGUUAGGAUUCGACCUCACUAAGAUUUCAGAGGAACAUAUUUUUGAAGGUUUCCAAGAGCUUCUAAAUACACUCAACCUACCUGGAAAUGAGCUUCAACUGACCACAAGCAAUGGCCUGUUUAUAGACAAAAAUCUGAACCUCGUAGCUAAAUUUCUAGAAGACAGCAAAAAACUAUAUGCUUCAGAUACCUUCUCUACAAAUUUUGAAGACAAUGAGGCUGCCAAGAAACAGAUCAAUGACUAUGUGGAGAAGGAGACCCAAGGAAAAAUAGUGGAUUUGAUUCAAGACCUGGACUCUAAUGUGGUCUUUGUCCUGGUGAAUUGCAUUUUCUUUAAAGGCAAAUGGGAGAAACCCUUCGAAGCAGAGCUCACUAAGGAACGCCCCUUCCAUGUGGAUGCCGAAACAACUGUGCCAGUUCAAACAAUGAACCGCUUUGGCAUGUUCAAUGUGGUUUAUGAUCGGGACCUGUCCUGCUGGGUAGUGGAAAUGAAGUAUAUGGGAAACGCAACUGCCCUUUUCAUACUGCCAGACACAGGGAAGCUAGAACAAGUGGAGAAUGCCCUGAACAAAACGCUGAUUGACAAAUGGUCAAGAAGCUUAAUUCGCAGGGCAAUCAAUUUAUAUUUUCCAAAAGUUUCCAUCGCAGGAAACUAUAAUCUGAAGAUACUAAGUGAACUGGGAAUCACAAAUGUAUUUGGAAAUAAUGCGGAUCUCUCUGGAAUCACAGAGGAAGCAAAACUUAAGAUUUCCAAGGCUGUGCACAAAGCUGUGGUGAACAUUGAUGAGAAAGGAACGGAGGCUUCAGCGGCCACUCAAUUAGAAGCAAUACCUAUGUCCAUCCCCCCUACCGUGGACUUCAACCAGCCCUUUAUUAUGGCAAUUUUUGAAACAAAAACAAAGAGCAUGCUUUUCAUGGGAAAAGUUAUGAAUCCUAGUGGAAAUUAGCAUCUGCAGUCUCAGCCCCUCAAGAUCUCAGUGUUCUCUCCUCUCCUGCAGAAUAAAGAAGCAGCAUCCAUCUCA